AUAGGAAAAGCUCGUUGCUCAAGGACUAACAGUUCGAGCUCAUAUCUUUUGCAGCUUGUUCCGUCUAUUACACGCCACCAUUACAAUGCUCUUAUAUUAGAUGUAUCUUUAUAUGAAGUGCGCGCACGGUUAGCGACCUGUCGAGCAGCAACAGGUUGAUCGACAAGGCGCCUAUAGGGCCGCAAGAUGGACGACGAUAAUGUGUCUGUCACGAGCAGGCGCUCGACUGCUUCCACAGUCACGGGGGGGAAGGCUGUGCCGGCUGUAAUCGCCAACAAAACCAGGGAAGAGCUCCAGGUUUAUGUCUUGGAUCUGCUGAAAAAGCUCAAAAUCCGGGACAAGAAAAUUGAAGAACUUGGCGCAGCUAAGAAAGCGGAUGGGGGGGCUGUGGCUGACAGCGGGCCAGCAGCUGCGGAGCUGCUGCAGCGCGCCGAGAAGGCGGAGGCGGCGGCGCGCGCUGCCGAGGCGGCUGCCAGCGGGCUGCGGGCGGAGCUGGCACUGACGAAGGACGCGCUGGUAGAAGCGAAGCAGCGAGCCGAGGAGGCCCAGUCGGCGAUGGAGGCUUCCCGCGCAGAGCUGGAGGCGCUGGUGGCGCAGUCGCGGGGCGGGGCGCUGGCAAACGAGGAGCGCAUGCAGGAGCAAAUGCAGGAGCUGAACUCGCUGCGCGAGGCGCUGUCAGCCUCCAAGCAGGCGGCCCGCGACUGGGACGAGCAGCGGACGGCGAUGGGGCAGCAGAUGGGCUCCCUCAAGACGGCGCUCAAGGAGAUGAGCGAGGAGCGCGAGAGCGCGUUCAGCCGCCUGGGUGAGACCCGCGAGCGCAUCGCCGAGCUUGAGGACGCUCUGGCUGAGGCCGAGUCCAAGGCGGCUGCCGGCGGCGGCGACCUGGAGGCCGCAAACGCUCGCCUGGCCGAGCUGGAGGCAGAGCUGGCGGCAGCCAAGGCAGCGGCGGAGGCCGCCGCGGGCGGCGCCGGCGCCGCUGCCGAGGCGGCGCAGGCAGAGGCCGCAGAAGCGCGCCAGCGCGCCGCUGAGCUGCAGGAGCAGCUGGCGGAGGCGGAGGCGCGCGCCGCUGGCCUCGAGUCCGAUCUCGCCGCCGCUACCGCAGCUGCGGCGGAGGCCGACGAGAAGGCCGCAGCUGCUGAGCAGAAGGCCGCCGCGGCGGAGGCUGCGGCCGCCUCUGCUUCUGCACCUGCCGCAGUCGCUGCCCCCGGAUCCACCUCCAACGGCUCGGGUCUAGAGGCUUCGCUGCGCGAGGCCAACGCGCGUGUGGCCGAGCUGGAGGGCGAGCUGAUCGCCUCGGCGCGCAAGCUGGCGGAGGCGGAGGACGGCGCGGUGGCCACGGUGGCCAAGGAGAAAAAGCGCUAUGAGGCGCUGGAGGCGCGGCUGAAGGAGACGCAGCAGCGGCUGGCGGAGGUGGAGGCAGCGCUGGUGGAGGCGCAGGCGCGGGCGGCGGAGCUGGAGGCGGCGAACGUGCGACUGGCGGGCGAGCGCGAGGAGCUGCUAACGCUGCAGGACCAGGCGGCGGGCGAGAUCACCAAGCGUAUGCAGGCGCUGUCGGACAAGGACCGCGAGAUCAGCAACAUGACGGUCAUGCUGCAGCACGCGGAAGCGUCCAUGGAGGAGAUGGCAGCGCGGCUUGAGGACGUGGAGGACAAGGCGGCGGGCGGCGGAGACCAUGCUGCCGAGCAUAUGAGUGAGGUGCUGCAGGCGCGGGCGCGCAUCUGCGCGGGGGCGGAGGCGCUGAGCUCGGCGGUGGAGGAGAUGGAGGCGGCGCAGCAGCGGGCGGCGGCGCGCGCGCAGGAACGCGAGGAGGCGGUGGCGGCGCUGUCGCGGCUCGCGAUGACGUUGGCAAUGUCCGCCUCGGCCUCGGCAGCACCAGGCGCCGGCGAGGGGGCCGCAGCGGCUGGCGGUGAUGGCGGCAGCGGCGGCGACGCCGCGGCGUUGGGCGCGCUGCGGGGCCAGUUGGCGGAGGCGCAGCUGGAGCUUCAGCACAAGGCCGCGUACGUGGCCAUGGUCACCCAACAGCUGGAGGAGGCCUCCCACAAGAUGGAGGGCCUGCAGGAGCAGCUGUCGGCGGCCCAGAGUGAGCUAGGGGAGCUGCAGCAGAAGCAGCAACAGGAGCGGGAGCAGCAGGAGCAGGCGGCGUCUGCAGAGGCGGCGGCGCUGCGACAGCAGCUGGAGGCGGCGGGCGAGAAGCUGGCAGCGGCGGAGGCGGCGGCGUCCAAGGCGGCGGCGGACGCGGAGUGGCGCGUGUCGGAGCUGGCGGGCGAGGUGGAGGAGUUGCGGGAGGCGCUGGAGGAGCGGGAGGCCGAGGUGGGCAAGACCAAAUCGCAGCUGCAGGAGCUCCGCCAGCAGCUUGAGGAGCAACAGCAAUCUGCCGCCGACGGCUCGUCUAGCCAGGCCGCGACUGAGGCGGUGGUGGAAGCCGCCAAGGCCGCCGCCGCCAAGGCGGCGGCGGACGCGGAGUGGCGUAUCUCGGAGCUGUCCGGGGAGCUUGAGGAGCUGCGGGGCCUGCUGUCAGACAAGGAGGCAGAGGUGGGCAAGCUGACGUCAGCGCUGGCGGAGGCACAGGCGGCUGCGGAGGCUGCGAAGCAGGCAGGCGCCGAGGGCGCGCAGCGCGCAGGCGACGCGGCAGCGGAGGCGGAGGCCGCAGCGGAGCUGCGGGCGCGCAUUGCGCAGCUGGAGGCGGAGCUGGAAGCGGCUGGCGAGAAGCUGGCGGCGGCGUCUCCUAAGGCGGCGGCGGACGCGGAGUGGCGCGUGUCGGAGCUGGCGGGCGAGGUGGAGGAGCUGCGGGAGGCGCUGGAGGAGCGGGAGGCCGAGGUGGGUCGACUCAAGCGCGAGGCCGCUGCCGCCUCUGCCGCCGCCGCCCCCGCUGCCGAUGGAGAGGAGCAGGGCAGGGCGACGGCGGAGCUGCAGGAGCAGGUGCAGAGGCUGCAGGGCGAGGCGCGGGAGGCGCUGGCGCGCGCCGCCGACCUGGAAUCGCAGCUGGCGGCAGCGGUGGACGCGACGGCGGCGGCGCAGGCUCGCGUGGUGGAGCUGGAGGCCCAGCUGGCGGCGGCCGCGUCAGCGGCAACGGCAGCGGAGGAGCGAGGCCAUGCGGGCGAGGGUGUGGGCGAGGGUGCAAGCCGCUCUGACGGCGGUGCCGGCGACGCAGGUGCCAGUGGCGACGACGGCGCCGCCGCGGCUGCAGCGGCGGCGGCGGAGACGGCUGCGGCUGCUGCCAGUGGUGAGCUGAGCCACAAGGCGGCAGAGCUGGCGGAAGCGAAUGAGAAGAUGGCCAAGGAGCUGCAGGACGCCAAGCGCAAGCUGGUGGCUCUCGCCAAGAAGCGCCAGGCCGACGCCGCAGCCGCCGCCAAGGAGGCCGACUCCAAGCUGGCGGCGGCCAGGGCAGCGGCGGCGGCGGAGCUGGAGGCGGCACAGGCGGCCGCGGCGGCGGCGGCCCGGCAGCUGGAGGCGGCGCACGCAGAGAAGGAGCAGCUGCAGACGCAGGUCUCCAACCUGUCCAACAGCGUGGCGGACCUAAUGCGGCAGCAGGCCAAUGCCAACGCCGAGGCGGCCAAGCAGGAGGCGCUGCUGCAGGAGUACAAGGCGCUGGCGGCCCAGAAGGACGGCGCGGCGGGCCAGGCCACUGCGCGGCUGGAGGCGGAGAUGAAGCGGGUCAAGGCCGAGCACGAGGCGGCGCUCAACAAGGUGGCCACGCGGCUGCGCGACCGCGAGGUGGAGCUGGAGGCAGCCACCGCCUCGCUGGCCAGGGCGGAGCGGGAGGCGGCGGCGGCGGCGGCCGAGGCGGCGGAGGCGCGGCGCGUGGCGGCGGCGGCGGCCAGCGGCAGCAGCGCGGCGGAGGCGGCGGCGCGGGCGGAGGCGGAGGUGCUGCGGGGCGACGUGGCGGCGCUGCGGAAGGAGCUGGAGGCGGAGCGGAACAAGAACAGCAAGGCGCUGGAGGACGCGCGCAAGCGGCUGGCCAAGGCGCAGAAGGCGCAGCACGCCGCGGAGGUGGCGCUGGCGGAGGCGCGCGGCAAGAGCCAGGCCGAGGCCACGGGCGUGCGUGUGGAGCUGGGCAUGCUGAGUCAGCAGCUGGAGGGCGUGCGGAAGGACAAGGAGGCGCUGGAGGCGGAGCUGAAGGACUACCGCAACAGGGCGCAGGCGCUGCUCAAGGCCAAGGACACGGAAAUCGCCCGCGCCAAGGAGGUGGCCGCCUCCGCCGCCGCCGCCGCCGAGAGCGAGGAGCUGGCGGCGCUGCGGCAGCAGCUGGCGGCGGCGCUGGCGGCGGCGGAGGCGGCGGAGCGCGAGGGCGCGGAGGCGGCGGAGCGGGCGGCGGAGGCGGCGGCGGCGGAGGCGGAGCGGCUGCGGCUGGCACUGGAGGCGGCGCAGUCGUCCGCCGAGUACUACGAGGGCCUGACGCAGCGCGCGCAGGCGGCUGCCGACGACUACGCGCGGCGUGUGGAGGCGCUUGAGGCUCGGCUGGCGCACCACAGCGCGGAGGGCGAGGCGGGGCGGCGCGCGGCGGAGGAGCUGGCGGCGGCGGCGGAGCGAUACGCGGCGCUGCAGUCGGAGCUGGCCUCUGUGCGCGAGGAGCUGCGCUCCUUCCGCUCCUCCAGCGAGGCGCUGAUGGAGGCCAAGGACGCCGAGGUGCUCACGCUGGUGCGCCGCAACGCGCUGCUGCAGGAGGAGACGGUGGCGGCGCGGCAAGCGCUGGCGGCGGCGGAGUCGGCGGCCGCGGAGUCGCAGGCGGCCGCGGCGGCGGCGCAGGCGGCGGCGGACGCGGCGGCGGCGCAAAUGGAGGCGCGGGCGCGGCGGGCGGCGCUGUUGGACGACGAGGGGCGACUGGAGGAGGCCGCGCGCGCCGCCUUCAACCCGCCCGCCGGCGACACGGCAGCCGCCGGCGCCUCGGGGCCGGGUGCCUCGCGGCGCAGCCUGCGCGUCAGCGACAACGGCCUGCUCCCAGUCGGCGCCGCCAACCCCAACGCCAGCACCGAAAUCCUGGGCAGCCUCAUCCGACCCGAGGCCCUCUCCCUCGCCGCCGUCACCGACGGCGCCGCCGGGGCGGCCGCCGCCGCCAGGGCCGCCGGCGGCAGCGCCGGCAGCAGCGGCGGCGCUGGGCUGCCCACCUCGACUCUGGUGGCAGCCGAUGGCGGCGGCGAUGAGGCAGCCGGCCCCUCCUCCCUGCCCCGCGGCAUGGCGGGCUCCGCGGCGGCACUGCUGCCGCCCACGCCGCCGGGCGAGGGCGCGGCCGCGCCCUCGCCCUCCGCCGCCGCCGCCGCUGCGGCCGCCGCCGCCUCGGGCGACUACACGGCCAUGUACGCGGCGGCGGCGUACGGCGCGGAGGCGGGCGCGCUGGCGGCGGCGCGGACCGAGGUGGCGUCGCUGCGGGGGCACGUGGCCUCGCUGGAGCGGGAGGUGGCGGAGCUGGAGAAGGAGAUCUCCAUGCGCGAGGAGAUGGAGCGGGCGCUCAAGGAGAGCGUGCGCGACAUGGAGCGGUCCAUGCAGCGGGCGGCCAAGGGCGCCAACAUCAUCGACGCCGAGUACCUGAAGAACACGGUGAUCAAGAUGUUCCUGACCGGCGAGGCCGAGAAGCUGCUGCCCGUGUUCGCAACCAUCCUCAGCUUCAGCCCAGACGAGAUAAAGCGCUGCAAGGAGGGUCUGGCGGCGCUAAGCUGGGGCGAGGUGCCAAUGCCCGCCGCCGCGGCCGCCGUGGACGCAUCCCUAUCCGCCAUCAGCAGCCUCAGCAGCUGGACGUCGUGGCUAGGAGGCGGGGGAGGGGCAGGGGCAGGCGGGGGCGGGGCCACACCGGGUAAAGGAGGGCGUUGAGGUGGCUGGGAACGGGCAGGUUGUGCGCUUGGGCGCCGUGGUACGGUAUGCCAGCGGAGUGAGUUGCAGGUGUGGGGUGUCGGUGGGAAUGACGUGAUGCGGCUGCGACUGGCAGAUGUCGUGGUGGUUGUGAUUAGAGUAGGUGCCGAUGAACGUGCAGGAGGGCGGGCGGAGGAGGGACAGGCGGGGUGCAGAGGCAUUCCGAGUAGGCAGCCUAGGCGAUGAGCUCAGCGCUAGUUACGGUAGAUGAUGCCAUUGACUGCAGAUGCCCGUGGCGCGCUGAUUGAUGCACGUGCGACCGCUUUGGCAGCAGGGCGUCGUGUGGCAGCGAACGCGCAGCAAGGACUGAUAGGAGGCAUGUGGAGCUCAAGCCCACAUCGCCUGCCCUCAUGUAGCCGGAAGGUGAUCA